AUGGCUUCUGGAAAAAAGAGAACUUCGAAAAAAAACAAAUUUAAUGUCAGUUUACAAGAAUUCAGUCGAUACACAUCUAUACCUUGGCUCAAAUUCUUUUUUGAUACAAGAUUAUCCAAUAUUGAAAGGACACUCAUCGCAGCAGUAUUGACAGUGGCAUCAGUCUACAUGUUUUCAAUGGUGUAUGCGGUCUGCAGAAAUGUAUUCAGUUACCCACUCAUAACAAACAUAGAGUCUCUGCAGUUUCCCGCCUGGUAUCAACCGUUUCCAUCUAUUCUCAUCUGUCCCCGGAAUAGAUUCAGUAAAGAUGGUAUUGUUAAACAGGUGGACAAGUGGAUCCUUCCCAAGAAUAUCAGCAAGAAGGAAAUGCUGGACAAAUUGAGGUCACUACCCAGUGCGGCUUAUAAAUUGAAGUUAAUCGAUGAUCAUGAAAUUAUCGAGGAGGUGAUGACAAUUAACAAAGUAUCUAUGAAUCACCUACUCGAACAGAUUACUCUUCCUUGUGAUAAAAUAAUUGGCUUAUGCAAGUGGAAUUCAGUGGAAACUGAUUGUGGAGAAAUUUUUGAAAAAGUUAUAACACCAGAAGGUCAUUGUUGCACGUUCAAUUAUCACAUUCAUACAAAGCAAGAGCUUGAAAAAAGUGACAUGAGAACAAUAUCUGGCUCAGGUAUCACUACUGGUCUAAAACUGACUCUGUUCAGCAACUUCUCGGAUGCUUUCAAUAGUAUUUCAUCUUCUCAAGGAUAUGCUAUCUAUGCAGGGCCGUCUGGUAGUUAUUUAGACAGAAGUGCUUCUGGAAGUGGAAUACUUCGCAGAAAAUCAGCCAAUUUUCUCAGUUUCACAUCGACACGAAUUGAACACACUGAAGCUGUGAAACAACUCCCUGUACAUGAUAGACCUUGUUCAGGGCCGGAGCAUAAACUGUCAGCUUUCAAAUUUUAUUCCAUUGACAAUUGUAAAAUAGAAUGCAUCAUGAGUAUGUGUUUGAAAUACUGUGGAUGUAUCCCCAUCAUUUACCCCAAAUAUUCAGAUAAUCAACGAUUUUGCGAAUUCUCAGAUUUGAAAUGUUUGAAUACUAUUCGAGAUACUUUGAAACGUAUUAACUCAGGCUCGGAUCUGACUGAGUACAUGGACAAUGAGCUGGAAAUGAAGAGGACACCCUCCUGUGGCUGCCUUCCAUCAUGUGACACCCACUACAUCUACGAAGUGGCCGCCUCUUCUACCCACAUCAAUGACGACUUCAUCCAACAAUCUCUGCCAUCCACCAUCCCACCAAAUUUGCCGUAUGAAAACAUGAAUUUUUUCUGUGAUGUGUACGUAUACAGUCAAGGGAACUUGUUGACAAAGAUAAUCACAGAUAUAAAGUAUGAUUUCACCAAUUUAUUGGGUUCCAUCGGAACUAUUGCGUCGUUCAUUAUGGGGUGGAGUAUAAUUAGUGUGAUAGAGAUAUUACAUUUUCUAAUACAAGAAGGAUUGAAGUAUUCUAUCAAUACAAUAAAAUAUGCAAGAGGUGUAAUCCAAAAUAAACUACAAGGUACAUGAAAGUAGGAAUACCCUGCAUUAAAUAAAUGUUUAUUUCCCCAAAAAACUAAAACUACUACAUCAAUAACAGAAAAUAUUAGAUAGUUUAUAAUUACAUACAGUAGUUAGUGUCAGAAAUGUCUUAUAAUGUUUCGUCUACAUGUUGAGUGUUUUCUGUGUGGAAAUUGAAAUAUUUCAUCCAAUGAAAUUCUUCUUUUUCAAGAAGAUCUGAUGUAGGCCUAAACUGAAGACGUGAUGUGUGAAAAAAUAAUGCACGAUUUGACUGUAUUUAUACUGCUAUUCUGGGAUAUCAAACUACUAUUGUAAACUUUCAAUAUUUAUCACUCUGUAGAAUAUAUAUAAUGCAUAGCACAUUGCAUGAUUAAUUUUUGUGAAAUAUAUCAAUCAGAAUUGGGGAAAAGAGCUGCAUUCUAUACUAGCAGGUAACCUGUGCUUCGCAAGGGACUAUUUUAAAACUUGACAUAAUGAAACCUUGAAGAAUUAAAAAUUGGCUGAUAACCAUCCUCGGU